CGCUGCAGCGCAACACUUCAACACUGACAAUUGAGAGAAAAAACCGUUGUAUAUGGAUCGUGUCAUUUUUCUUUGUUUCGAGUUUAAGUUUGUCAAUUUAUCAAAAUUAUUCAAUUGCCGGCUGGAUUUUCUAUAUUUUUUUCGAUUUUUUUUUGUUAAAUUUGGAAAUUUAUUGUAAUUUAAUGAAAUAGAAAAUGUUGGACGAAUUACUCGAUUGGUUUCGUCCAUAUUGGACACCGAUUAAUUUUUUUUAUUAUGCAUUGAUCUCGAAUGUAUUAAUUAGUCUUUGGGAUCUCUAUCUUCACUAUCGUCAGCACAGGAUUUAUAAAUCUCAGCAAAAACUACCCAUUGAUUUGGCACCUUAUAUGGAUGAGGAAAGCUUCAACAAAGCACGUCUUUAUAAUCUUGACAAAAGUUAUUUCGGUUUUUUUCGUGAAGUUUUUAGCAUUUUUCAAAAAGUGCUAAUUCUCUGGAUUUUGUUGGCUUCGAUCCUCUGGAAUUGGUCGACACAAAUAACUGAUAAAUAUCUUGGCUAUCAAAAUGAAGUCGUUUCGACCAUCGUGUUUUUCCUAUUACAAACCGCCAUAUCUGCAGUCAUUGAUUUUCCGUUUUCAUUGUACUCGAAUUUCGUCAUUGAAGAACGUCAUGGUUUCAAUAAAUAUACAAUCAAAUUUUUCCUUUGGGAUACGUUGAAAAAAUUUCUCGUAUUUCAACCGAUUAUAUCAUUGUUGGUCGGCGGUGCCACCUACAUCAUCAUACGUUAUGAAGAUCAAUUCUUUUUCUAUUUAUGGCUUUUUUCGAGUGGAACUGCCAUCAUUUUCAUGAUCAUUUAUCCAUCGUUGAUUGCACCGUUGUUCGAUAAAUAUACACCAUUGAAGGAAGGUUCUCUACGAAGCGAGAUCGAACGUUUAGCAAAUCAAAUCAAAUUUCCAUUGAAAAACAUUUUUGUCGUUGAUGGUUCAAAACGUUCCAGCCAUUCGAAUGCUUAUUUCUAUGGAUUUUUCAAAUCAAAACAGAUUGUCCUAUAUGACACAUUAUUCGAUAAAGAUUCACCAUAUUUUAAAAAGGAUCAACAAGAAGAAAAAACUGAAACAACAGAAGAAUCGGAAAAGGAAAAAAGUACGACUACCGAAACCAAGAAAACUAAUGAGAAAAAAGCAAGCGGAUGUACUGAGAAAGAAAUUGUGGCUAUCAUUUGUCAUGAAUUAGGCCAUUGGAAUCAUAAUCAUUUAUUCAAAAAUUUAGUUAUAUCAUUGUUUAAUUUAUUUUUCAUAUUCAAAAUAGCAUCAUUAUUCUAUAAUGAUACUGUAAUUUAUCAUGCAUUUGGUUUCUAUGGAGAAAAUAGACCACGUUUCAUUGGUCUUACUAUCAUUAUUGAGACCAUAUUUCUUCUAUAUUUUGAGAUUUACAACUUUAGCAUGAGCAUCAUUUGUCGUAAAUUUGAAUUUCAAGCUGACAAUUUUGCCAAAAAAUUAAAUUUCCGUACCGAAUUGAUUAAUGCAUUAAUCAAAUUGAACAAGGAUAAUCUCAGCUUCCCCGUUUAUGAUUGGCUAUAUUCUCUUUUGUUGCAUUCACAUCCACCGAUUUUGGAUCGUAUCAAUGCUUUACGAAAAAUUGAUGACAAAAUUGAUUGAUUGAAGAAAAAAAAUAUCACGAUUUGUUGUAUCAUCAUCAUCAACAUCAUUAAUGUCAAAAUUUAAAACUUUUUUUCUCAGUUUUUU